GGGUUCGCCUCCCCGAACAAAGGUUUCAAAGGGAGGUGAUAAUACUCUGGAUAAAUCCAGCUUUGUCGGAUGGCUGGUUGUAAUCUGCCACUUGACCGGAGCCGGCCAUAUCGUCCUCCUGAUGCUGAAGCAAUUAACGUUCCUCAACCUUCUCUAACACUAGCUUGCUCGCUCGAUUUUAGUCAUGUCAAACCCUUCAGCAACUCGGUCUGCUGAGUUGACGACGUAUCCAGUGAUAGCCAGCGCCAAGCUGCAGGCUCUUUUACGGAAACUUCACGAGCUGUCCGAGACGCAAGAAAAAUCAUGGUCGCAGAAGCUCUUCUACCUGAUGCGUCUUGUCCGCUUCAUGGCUUCAGGAGAGACGUGGUCCGCGAUGGCCGACAACCACAUGCGUGACAAGUUCGUGGCUUUGGAAGAAGACAAAUGCCAGUUCAUAUACCUGCUCGCGAGAGCCAUGAGAGCGAGAAACGUCGUCGAAGCGGGGUCGAGCUUCGGCGUCUCGACGAUAUACCUUGCUUUAGCAGUGGGACAGAACGUGCAGCAUGAGUUGCAGAGAUAUCCUGGCGUAGGCGGGAAGGUGAUUGCCACGGAGAAGGAAACUUCGAAGGCAGCGAAAGCUAGAGAGUACUGGAAGGAGGCGGGGAAUGAGGUGGAGCCGUGGAUUGAGCUGCGCGAGGGUGACUUGCUCGAGACAUUAAGGGUUGAAGAGGGCAUGCCAGAAGAGAUCGACCUCCUCCUCCUUGACAUCUGGACGCCCCUUGCAUUACCUACGCUCAAACUUCUUCAGCCACGGUUGAAGCACGGCGCUGUUGUUAUCACAGACAAUGUGGGUGUGGCGAAGUUCUUGUACCGGGAUUUUCUUGCGUACGUCCGCAACUCUGAGAAUGGGUUUAGGACGUUAAAACUGCCAUUCAAGGGAGGGCUGGAGUGCUCCGUAUUUCUUGCCUGAUCGAGGGUUCACCGGGAAGAAUAUUCCUGGAUAUUGAUCCCAGGGUUACUUGUCGACUUAAUUCUCGAACGGCUUAUGACGCAAGUAGCGCUCGCGUUCUCCGAAUUUACGGACAUUCAGUUGAACAAACUUGGCCGCGUGGAAAACCUGUC